AUGGCAGCAUCCACCCUCUGCAGGGUCCCUACGCUGCUCCUCAGCCUCCUGGUGCUGUUGGAGGGGGGCCUGGCAGGCUCGCUCAGCCCGGCCCGGAACCUGCCUGAGAUUCACAGGGACCCAGGCUCUGUGCUAUGGACACGGGCCAGCCAUCACCGCCGGCGGGGCCCGGGCAUGCCCAGCCGGGCUCAGGAUGGAGCUGUGGUCACCACCCCCAAGCAGGCCUCCAGGCUCCCUGGGGGGCAGCUGCCUGGACAGAGUCCUGCAGGCCUGCUGCUGGACAAGGAGCUGUUCCUGGGACUGGCGUCACCCUAUCCCGAGAAGGAGCCCCGGCCUCCAGGGUGGGAGAGGGCGAAGAAACGUGGCAGGGAGCACAAGAGACGCAGAGACAGGCUGAAACCACACCGAGGCCGAGCGCUGAUCCGAGGCCCCAGCUCCCUGAUGAAGAAGGCGGAGCUGCCUGAAGACCAGAUCCUGGAGGCCACCAUGGAGGAGUCGUCCACCAGCCUGGCCCCCACCAUGCUCUUCCUGACCACACUGGAGGCCACACCUGCCACGGAAGAGUCCCUGAUCCUGCCGGUCACCUCCCUGCGGCCCCAGGGGCAGCCCAGGUCUGAUGGAGAGGUGAUGCCCACGCUGGACAUGGCCUUGUUCGACUGGACCGAUUAUGAAGACCUAAAACCUGAAGUCUGGCCUUCUGCAAAGAAGAAAGAAAAACACCGGGGCCACCUCUCUGGUGACGGCAAUGAGACAUCGCCCGCCGAAGGAGAACCGUGUGACCACCACCAGGACUGCCUGCCAGGGACCUGCUGUGACCUGCGGGGACACCUGUGCACGCCCCACAAUCGUGGGCUCAACAACAAAUGCUUCGAUGACUGCAUGUGUGUGGAAGGUCUGCGCUGCUAUGCCAGAUUCCACCGAAACCGCAGGGUCACGAGGAGGAAGGGGCGCUGUGUGGAGCCCGAGUCGGCCGACGGUGACCAAGGAUCCUUCAUCAACGUCUAG